UAGAAGUGUGGUUCCCCGAAAAAGCAAUGGAGGGCGCUACGUUUGCUGCACCGGGGCAGACCUUCUCGCCACGGCAGGGCUCCAUGUGCCGCCGCCGGGGAUCGAGUCUCUCCCGCCGCCAGAGACAACGACCUCUCCUCACUCCCACCCGGUGUGUUAGACACUUUGUUUGUUAUUCUUCUCUGAGUUGACGAAACUCGGGGAAGAAGAAGAAGCGGCUCCCCCGCGUUCUUUGUUCGUCGAUCAUCCAGCCGAUGAAAAGGACCUGGAGUCCUUCGAGCGGCGGCUGAUCGCCGACUCUAUGUGUGUUUAACCCUGCUGUGAACAAGAGAGGAACAAAAGAGGAACAUGCUGGAGAUGGAGGCCGAGACGCCAGGUGUCCAGCAGCUGCUGGUGAUGAAAGAAGAAGAAGAUGCUACUGAGCAGCAGGAGUGCAGCUCCAGUCUGGAUCAGGAGGGACAAGAACCUCCUCUCAUUCAAGAAGAACGUGAAGAAGUCAAAGUAAAAGAAGAAGAUGCCGCCCUGUUCUCUCUCACUGUUGUUGAUGUGAAAAGUGAAUACGAUGAAGCAACAGGCAGCUUGUCUGGACCUGUGAAAACAGAAGCUGAUGGAGACGAGCGUGAAGAACCAGAAGCAGGCUGUGACUUGGAGGCACCUCUCCUCCCUGACCAUCAGGGGUCGCUGUCCUCUGAAUCUGACACUGAUGACAGUGAGGACUGGAGAGAAACAAACAAGGCAGGUUCAGAUUGUUUAGAGAAUUCAAGCCGUCAUGUUGGCGAGAAGAAAGAUGUGGAUGAACGCAAAUCUGUCAUCUGCUCUGGAUGUGGGAAGAAGUGUUCAUCAAAUUCUGGACUGGCUCGACACACAGCGACCUGUAUUGGACCUUUGACUUGUUCGCUUUGCAGAAAAGUUUUGAUUUUAAAUCCAAACUGAAAAAACACAUUAGAAUUCACUCUGGAGAAAAACCCUUUAUCUGCCCUCAUUGUGGUCAGAGUUUUACACACAAUGUGACCCUGACCAUGCACAUGAGAGGUCACACUGGAGAGCAACCUUUCAGUUGCUCUCUGUGUGAUAAAAGUUUUUCCCGAAAAGAGCACCUGACGCAACACAUGAGUAUUCACACCAAAGAGAAACCUUUCAUCUGCUCCCAGUGCGGUAGCUGUUUUACACUAAAAACUAACCUGAAGGUGCACAUAAGGACCCACACUGGAGAAAAGCCUUUCAGCUGCUCUCAGUGUGGCAAAUGUUUUACACAUAAAGGGACCCUGAAGGUACACAUGAGAAGUCACACCGGAGAAAAACCUUUUAGCUGCGCUCAAUGUGGGGGUUGUUUUACAAAGAACAACCACCUAAAGAAACACAUAAGAACUCACACUGGAGAAAAACCUUUCACCUGUUCUCAUUGUGGUCAUUGCUUUUCGCAGAGUGGGGACCUAAGGAAACACAUGAAAAUUCACACUGGUGAACAACCUUUCAGUUGUCAUCAAUGUGGUAAAUGUUUUUCACGCAGAGACAACCUGAAGAAACACGUGAGAAUUCACACUGGUGAGAAACCUUUCACCUGCUGUCAGUGUGGUAAUUGUUUUUCCUGCAAAGACAACCUGAAGGAGCAUAUGAGAAUUCACACUGGAGAAAAGCCUUUCAGCUGCUCUCAGUGUGGCAACUGUUUUACACAUAGAGGGACCCUGAAGGUACACAUGAGAAGUCACACUGGAGAAAAACCUUUUAGCUGCACUCAAUGUGGGAGUUGUUUUACAAGGAACACCCACCUAAAGAAACACAUAAGAAUUCACACUGGAGAAAAACCUUUCACCUGCUCUCAGUGUGGCCAUUGCUUUUUGCAGAGUGGGGCCCUCAAGAAACACAUGAAAAUUCACACUGGUGAAUAACCUUUCAGCUGUCAUCAAUGUGGUAAAUGUUUUUCACGCAGAGACAACCUGAAGAAACACGUGGGAAUUCACAUGGGCGAGAAACCUUUCACCUGCUGUCAGUGUGGUAAUUGUUUUGCCUACAAAGACAACCUGAAGGAGCAUAUAAAAAUUCACACUGGAGAAAAACCUUCUAGUUUCUCUCGGUGUGGUAUGUGUUUCAUAAACACAGGCGACCUCAGAAGACACUAUGAAACGCACAGUGAUGAAGAACCUUUCAGCUGCUCUCGGUGUGAUCAUACUUUCAAGGGGAGCAGACACCUGAAGGCUCACAUGAUUGAAAUACUGUGCGAUGUGCGUGUACUGAACAUAUGCAAAGCUGUGAGUUCAUGCUGAAGAAAGUGCAAAACAACUUAUCUGGUUGUGGAGCUGGAGCCAUUGCCUCAUGAAACUACACUUGUACACAGUCCGCUGUUGGUUGACUUCAAAUA